AUGUUUGAGGCUCGUCUCCAUCAAGCUGAUGUUUGGAAGAAGGUGAUUGAUGCCGUUAAGGAGCUGGUUCAAGAGGCGACAAUUGACUGUUCUGACACCGGUAUUAGCCUUCAGGCUAUGGAUAGUGCCCACGUCAGUCUUGUGUCACUUUUGUUACGUAGUGACGGUUUCGAGACUUUCCGGUGUGAUAGAAACAUGUCACUUGGCCUCAACAUAGCUAGUACUGCGAAGAUUCUUAAGUGUGCUGGUUCUACUGAUUCAGUAACAUUAAAAGCCGGUGAUAAGGCUGAUACUAUUACAUUCUUGUUCGAGUCGAGAAAUCAGGAAAAGGUUUCAGAGUUUGAAUUGAAGCUUAUGGACUUAGACGUUGACCAUCUUGGCAUACCUGAGACGGACUACAAAUGUGUUAUUAAAAUGCCUGCAUCUGAGCUUCAACGAAUAUGCCGUGAUUUGGGGCAAAUCGGCGACUCUGUUGUGAUAUCCGUUGCCAAGGAUGGAGUUCGAUUUAGUUCCACUGGUGACUUGGGAUCGGGAAAUAUUAAACUCUCCCAAACUGCCAAUGCUGACAAGCCUGAGGAGGCUGUGUCUAUCGAGAUGAUUGAGGCAGUGAGCAUGACAUAUUCACUGCACUACUUUAAUAUUUUCACAAAGGCUGCUCCUCUGGCCAGCCAGGUUAUUCUCUCAUUGACUGCCGACGUGCCUGCAGUUGUUGAAUUUCCCAUUGAGGAUUUGGGGUAUAUACGUUAUUAUCUAGCUCCCAAAAUCGAGGAUGAUGAUUCUUAA